AUGAUUCGCAUCCUUCUUGGCUCUGUCGUUUUGCUUCGUUUCCUCCAGCAAGGGAGCACCAGCAAGGAACUGCCUGGAGUUGAGCACUACGACCUCAUCUACCCGCGGAAGCUGCACGCAGUGGAGAAGAGAGCUGCAGAGAGCACCAGAGAGGUACUGCAAAGAGAGGAGCCAGAAUAUGAGGACACAAGGAAGUAUGGAGUCAGAGUCAACGGAGAGGAACUCAUCCUGCAGCUCCAGAAAAAUAAGCAUCUGCUAGCUCCAGACUACACUGAGACAGUUUAUUCUGAUGAUGGUCAAGAGAUAACCACAAGUCCUCAGAUCAAGGAUCACUGCUACUAUGAAGGUCACAUUCAGGAUGAUGCUGAUUCCACAGCAAGCAUCAGAGCUUGCAGAGGUCUAAGUGGCUACUUUGAGACCCGAGGGCAGAAGUUCCUCAUCGAACCCUUGGGAGGCUCAGACACAGCUGAGCAUGCAGUGUACAGCUACGAGAGCCCCGGGGAGAAGGGCACAAAGACCUGCGGGCUGCUCAACAACAGCUGGGAAGGGGAUUGGGAUGCAAAGGACCCCAUCAAUGACAGCUUCAAGUCCAGCAGCAGCCCAGAGAUCAAAGCAUACCUGAAGUCCAAGAAGUACCUGGAGGUGUACGUGGUGGCAGACAACACUUUGUACAAGAAGUAUGAUGAAGAUGUCAAGACUGUGAGAGAAAGGAUCUUUGGGAUAGUCAACUACAUCAACACGGUGUACAAAGCCAUCAACAUCCACGUGGCUUUGGUUGGCCUGGAGGUGUGGACAGACAGGGACAAGUGCCUGCUGAGCCACACUGCAGGCUUCACCCUGGACAGCUUCUCCAAGUGGCGCCUCUCAGACCUACUGAAGAGGAAGAGGAAUGACAAUGCCCAGCUCAUCACAGGCUAUGACUUCGAGGGGACCACAAUUGGCUUGGCCUUCAUGAAGUCCAUCUGCAGUGAGAUUUAUUCUGCAGGUAUUAUUCAGGACCACAGCAGGAAUGAGAUUGCAGUUGCAGCUACCAUGGCACACGAGAUGGGACACAACCUGGGCAUGAGCCACGACACUGAAGCCUGCAGCUGCAGCGCUGCUGUUUGCAUCAUGACAGACACAGUCGGUUCUGUCGUCCCCAAGAGGUUCAGCUCUUGCAGCCUCCAGAGCUUUGAGACCUUCAUGAUGAGUAAGAUGCCCAAAUGCUUAACCAACAUCCCCGACGUCAGCAGCAUCGUAGCUCCUGCCACCUGCGGCAACAGCUUCGUGGAGAAGGGAGAGGAAUGUGACUGUGGCACUCCUGAGGAGUGCACCAACGACUGCUGUGACCCUGAGACCUGCAAACUGACAGCAGGCUCCAGGUGUGCCCAAGGAGAGUGCUGUGAGAACUGCCAGUUCAGGCAGUCGGGAGUGGUCUGCAGAGCCGUGCAGCACGACUGUGACCUGGCUGAGAUGUGCACAGGCUUCUCUGCCACCUGCCCUGCCGACCGCUUCCGCGUCAACGGCCACCCCUGCGGCUACGGGCAGGGCUACUGCUACAUGGGCAAGUGUCCCACCAGAGAGAGCCAGUGCAAGGAUGCCUUUGGGCCAGAGGCCACUGAGGGGGCAGCUUCCUGCUACCAGCUGAACGAGAGGGGAGUCUACUACGGAUACUGCCGCAAGGAGAAGGGCAGCCACAUCCCCUGCCACAAAAAGGAUAUCAUGUGUGGGAAGCUGUUCUGCACUGGGGGGCAGGAGAUGCCCAAUGAUGGCAACUUGGUGACUUUUCAGUCCUGCAAAGCAAGUAUUCCUAGGAGUGGAGUAGAUGACCCAGGGAUGAUCCUGGAUGGAACCAAGUGUGGCAAUGGGAUGGUCUGCAGCCAUGGAGAAUGUGUCUAUGCUGAAGACAUCUUUAGGUCAACCAACUGCUCUGCCAAGUGUCCUGGGCAUGCUGUGUGUGACCAUGAGCUGCAGUGCCAGUGUGAAGAGGGAUGGGCACCACCAACCUGUGACAGCUCCUCCACAGUGAUCAGCUUUGCUGUUGCUGUCGGGGUGCUGGUGGUGCUGGCAGCCACAGCAACCACAGCAGUGCUGCUGAUCCGCUGCAGAGGCUUCCAGAAGAGCUGCCAGACCAGGAGGGGACCUGGAGCCUCAAACCAAGUCUUUGUGGACCAAGAGCAAAGACACAGAGAGCAGCCUGUCCUGGCAGCCCCUGCCCAGAAGGUCACUGAUAAGAAACUUCUCCUCCCCAUACCUCCACCACAGGAGACCAAACCACAGCUCCAGAGUCCCAUUACAAGGCCAAAAGUUCCUCCACCUCCUGUCCCUUCUACCAAGCCAACUUCAUCUCACACAGUACAGAUUUGUAUCCCAGAGAGGAAACCUGCACAGCUCCCAGUCCCCAAGGGCAAACCUCCACCCCCACCCCCACCCAAGGCUUUGGCCCCUCCAGCUAACCCCAGAGUGUGA